UUUGUCCGGGAGAGAGCAUGGCCGCAGGAGCCGGAGCGCUGCACACUUUUGGUUCGCUUCCUCCACAGUGAUAACACACCGCUUUCUCGUGCGCUCUCGGGUGAUGCUGCGGAGCCGCGCGCCAGGGAACAUUUAACCCGGAGAUCGUGUGCGGGUGUCUGUGUGUUUUACGAGAAAGGGCUUUUUUCCAUUUACUGCGUGCGUUGUUGCUCGGCACGGCAGAAGCGCUCGUGCUGCCGAGGGUUCAGCCGGAGCUGAAGCUGCUGCUGCUUUAAGUCUUCUUAUUCGUCUUCUUUUUGGAGGUUGAUUCCCAGCGAACAGGAGAGACUCUGAAAGCUGGAGAGCGCUACGGCACAAGGACUGCGUUUCUGCUCUCUUUAUCUUUGUAUUGUGGGAAAUUAAUUCUCUGGUUUUUUUAUUAGAUUAUUUUUUCCGCUGCGUAUAGCUCCUCUCUGGGAAAUCCAAGGCGAGUUGGAGAAAGUGUUCGCUGCGCCGCGCGGAGUUGAGCCGGAGGAAGAUUGUUCAGGCAGAAAUAGUGUGGAUUUCCAGCGACUAUAUUCACUACUUGAAGUAUCCUAGAACUGUUAUAUUUUUUGUUGUUGUUUCAUUCUAAGCGAGUGGAGGAGUGAGCGUGUGGUGCUAAGUCGUUGACCUGACUGACAAUCCGCAGACUGAGCAAGAAACGAAAGAGAGAUAUUUAGGCUUUUAUUUCUUAGUUCCUAAACACCGAGGAGGGAGCUUCUACAUCUGUGCGGGAAUAAAACGCGUCAAGUGGACAUUUCGCCAAACACUUCCAGCAGAAGCCUUUACAAAGCCGAGCCAGAGGAGAGAAAAAGAGAGCGAGAGAGAGAGAGAGAGAGAGGCUGGAAUCAACCUUGGCUUCCCCGGAGUUCCAGAGCCAAUAUGCCGCAGGUGGAAAUGAUCCUCCUCUUCCUCACACUCAUCUUUGCGAUGUGUGUGUACGGCCAGGACCCGGCUUCCAAGGUGGUGACGGACCGCUACGCCGUGUACUGGAACCGCACCAACCCCAAGUUUUACCGGGGUGAUUACCACAUCGACGUCUGCAUCAACGACUACCUUGACGUCUACUGCCCGCACUACGUCGGCCCGGUGUCUGACGAGCGGGCCGAGCGCUACAUCCUCUACAUGGUGAACUACGACGGCUAUAGCUCCUGCGACCACACCGCCAAGGGCUUCAAACGCUGGGAGUGCAACAGGCCUCUGUCGCCCAACGGACCGCUGAAGUUCUCCGAGAAGUUCCAGCUCUUUACUCCCUUCUCUUUAGGCUUUGAGUUUCGCCCUGGCAGAGAGUAUUAUUAUAUCUCCUCCAUCACUGACGAGAAGGGAAGAAGAAGCUGCCUUCGACUCAAAGUCUUCGUCAGGCCUCAGAACAAUUGUGUGAAAAACUCUGGGACCGUGCAGGAAGGGGUCGAUUUCGAGGACAACAAUCACAAUUCUCUAGAACCCAGAGACGGCAUCGGUCACGAGUCGCCAGAGCCGGCGAGAAGGGAUGUGAACUCUGUCGGUCGGCGCCAGACUUCCGUCCUGCUGCUCAGCUUCGCCCUCAUAGUCCUUGCUGCCAUCUUGUCUUUAUAGCGCCCAGCCUGAGGAAUCCCCCAGGAAUGGAUUGUCCUGAUUGGACCACAGGCCGCCCUACCCUGCAACCCCUCCCCUCAAGGAGCACUUUUAAAAAAAAAUAAAAAGAAGAAGAAGAAGAAAAACACUGACAUCUCUCUAUGUGAAACGAGAGAGGAAGGGACUUCGACGCUGAAGCCUUUUGUUGUUUUUUGGACUUGCCAACAUUGAGUGGUUCUUGACUUUCUGGUGGGUGCUGAUGGACAAGGCGCCCCGAGGUGGAAGAGGCCUAGGUCUUACUUUUCCGCCUCGCUGCCGUCCACAGUAUGCAGAUUUUCUUUGUGUUAAAGACAAGCACACAUACAUGCUUACAGGCAUAGACACACACACACACACACACACACACACACACACACACACACACACAGAACACAAACGACACAAUCAGUACACUCUUUGGCUUGAAUGGUAAAGAAGCACAGCAGGAUCCCGCAAACGUUUACAGACAUUUAACAUUUUAUUAGUGUUCAGGAAAAAACGUCACCUAACCCCUUGACAUACAACAUGAUUAAAUCUCACAUCAAAGUGGAAGAGGUUUCGAAGAAGAUCCGGGAGCGAAGCAUCGCGCACAGGCCAACGGAAAGGAAAAGGAGAAGGAUGUUGUUGCUAGGAGACUGGUGCCAAAUGUGUGUGUGGCGGGGAGGGGGGGGUACGUGGUGGGCCUUUGAUGACUUAACCUUCCUCUCAGGUUAAAAAGGAGUCGGAUGUCAGACUGCAGAGGACCCAUGUUGAGAGUGAAAAAAAGAAAAUUUAAAGAAUCGCUCAUCUUUUAGUGUUGGGAUAGAGCCGGUUUAACGAUCGGUUAAUGUGUUUUUUUUUUUUUUUUUAAUAAUCACCUAAUUCAAUUGUAGCAGCCAUCACGGGUGUACAGUAAAAUAUUCGAACGGAGCGUAGAAGUGCGUACGGUAUUUUGCCAGGCAAAAUGUAUUUUCCUAUUUAUUGUGAAGUCCUCGUGCUCUCUUUCUGUUCUGGUUUUAGUCUGCAAAGUACAAACAGUAGAAAAGGCAAUAAAAACAACUCCACUUACCCAUUAAGUUACUUCACAUAUUACACCGUUUUUUGAUACAAUCAUACAAAAAACACUGAGUACAGUUUAUGUAUCUGUUUGCUGAUGAUGGUCUUUUAAAUGUUUUUAACAAAGUCCAGGAAGAAGAAGAAAAAAAAAAAAAAAAGUCUGAUGUGCUAUCAGGGUGUAGAAAUCGUAGAAUGUUUGUGUUUGGAUUUUGUCAUUAAAAAUGUCACAAAUGUAGUUUUACUAUUACACUAUUGCUUUUGUGGAUCACUGUCAUAACACGACUAUUGUAUAUAGAGACAAAUUUCCUACAAAGUUCAGGGAUGUGUCCAUGCCUAACAUGAGGUAAAAAAAGGGUUAAUCUCCCUUCAGAUAAAGCAGCACAAGUUUUGUGUGGCGAUAGAUGUUUCAGUGAGACAGUGACGGAGGUGCAGAGCAGGUGGUGGUAGUGUGUGUGAGGGCGGAGGGGGUGGGUGUGCGAUUCAGUUGCCCUCUUUGAUGUCGUGUAAAGUGGCGUGUGUACAGAACAUACACCGGGGGGCACCCUCCUACCGGUUAUUUCUGGAAUGAAAAAAAACCGACCACCCGCAGAGAUGGAAUAAACAGAGCGAGGUGUCCUGUUCUCUCAGGGCAAACUGAAACUUU